CCUAACCUGAUAAAUUAGGUCUCCCACCGCCGCCGCCCACUGCCAGGCAUCCUCUUCCAGGCGAAGUCGCCGGAAAAAGCUCCUCUUUGGUAUCUACUCCUUCGCCGGAAAAUUGGUACUCUAAUCUGGCCUCCAAGAUCAGGGCAAGGAAGAUAAGCUUGAUUCGACUGCCCCCUUUCGUCCGCUGCAGCCGCCUCGCGGCUGUCACUGCCGUACGUUUCAUCAUUACACCAUUGUAAUCACCAUCCUCGGAGAUGAAGCUCGACGUAAACUCUCUGAGGUAUUUGUCCAAGGACGAUUUUAGGGUUCUCACGGCUGUCGAGAUGGGCAUGAGAAACCAUGAACUUGUUCCAGCUGAGCUCGUUGAUCGCAUUGCGGGCCUCAGGCAUGGUGGGACGUAUAAAGUGUUGAAAAAUUUGUUGAAGCAUAAGCUAGUGCAUCACGAUUCUUCCAAGUAUGAUGGUUUCCGUCUCACAUAUCUUGGAUAUGAUUUCCUUGCUAUUAAAACUCUUGUCAAUCGUGGUGUGUUUAACGCUGUAGGUCGUCAAAUUGGCGUGGGAAAGGAAUCAGACAUAUUUGAGGUUGCUACCGAAGAUGGAACAAUUUUGGUGAUGAAGUUGCAUAGGCUCGGGAGAAUGUCUUUUAGAGCUGUGAAGUCUAAGCGUGACUAUUUGAAGCACCGAAGUAGUUACAAUUGGCUCUAUUUAUCACGACUUGCAGCCCUUAAGGAGUUUGCUUUUAUGAAGGCACUAGGAGAACAUGAAUUUCCAGUUCCAGAUGCUAUUGAUUGUAACCGACAUUGUGUAGUCAUGUCACUUGUUCAAGGUUAUCCACUUGUCCAAGUUCAACAGUUGCAGAACACAGAUGAAGUAUUGGAGACAAUUGUUGGUCUUGUUGUUCGCUUGGCAGAACAUGGUCUUAUACAUUGUGACUUCAAUGAGUUCAAUAUCAUGAUAGAUGAUAAUGAAAAGGUCACCAUGAUUGACUUUCCACAGAUGGUAUCAGUUUCUCAUCGCAAUGCAAAAAUGUACUUUGAUCGCGAUAUUGAGUGCAUUUUCAAGUUCUUUGCCAAAAGGUUCAAACUUGUGUAUGAAGAUGAUGAGUGUGACGGGGCAGAAGCUGAUGAGGAGGAAAAUGGAAGGCCAUCUUUCUCUUCUAUAGCUAAAUCUGUUGGUUUCUUGGACAGGGAACUUUCUGCCAGCGGUUUUACACGAAAAGAUCAAGAUGACAUAGAGAAGUUUAUUGAAGGAGGAACAGAGCAAACUGACAUUACAAGUUCUGAGGAUGAACUUGAGGAGCAAGUGCAAGCAGAAACUGAAACAGAUGCUUCUAUUGUACAAAAUAUGGAUUUAUUAAAGUUAGAAGAUCAGAAUGAUGAGAAGAAAUCUGAGGAUGAUACUUCAUGUAAUGAAAAUGGAGAAAAUGAUGAUGGAAUAUUGCAACCAGGGCAAAGCUCAGAAAAGGACAGUGAUAAUGAAUCUGAUGAUGGAGAUGAUGAUGAACUAACAAAGCGACUAUACAGACAGAGGCGGCGAGCCAUAGCAGCAGCUCAAGGCACAAGGAGGACAGGAUCAAGAAAUGCUUACAAGGACAAGGGAGGCAAGUCUGGGCACAAUUCGAAGGUUCAGAGACAAUUUUGCAAGUGGUGAUGCAAGUAUACUUGCCCACUUCUCGGUUUUCUUUAUCAAUAUUCCCACUUGAAUCUAUUGUUCCCAGAGUAAAAGAUAAGAUAGUUACAACUGGGGGCUUGUGUGUUUUGCCCUCUCAUAUAGUUGUAAAUCCUCCAUAAACUUUGUUGCAUUUCAUGUUCGAGGUGUGGAUUUUCUGAUGUCAAGUAGGCCUAACUUAUUUCUUUUUAAAACUCUAUGCUAGCAGAAUUUAGAAGGAUAAAAUGGAAUGAGAAUUGAGAAUUAAGGUCAAUGAUAAAAUGGAAUGGUCCAAUCUUUUUCUCU